AUGACAUGUGAUGCAACUUUCCGCUUCGUCCAUUGUGUUGCCAAAUGGCCCGGUAGUGUACAUGACUCCCGUGUCUUCAGGGAGUCCUCCUUAGUCAGACUAUUUGAAACUGGUGUCAGGACAGGUCUUAUUCUUGGAGACUCGGGUUACGGACUGAAAAAAUACCUCAUGGUUCCUUAUUUGACCCCCAGAACUAGGGCAGAGGAAAAGUUCAACACAUCCCUCUGUCGAACCAGGGUUACCAUUGAACAGGCGUUCGGCAUUCUAAAAAGAAGGUUUCCUUGCCUUCAGGUUGGAAAAGUGCAGCCCGACAGAGUCUGUGCAACAGUGAUUGCAUGUGUGAUACUUCAUAACCUGGGGAUUGACAAGCGCGACAUUGUUGACCCACCUCCCGUCAACAGACGUUUGAUGGAUGAGGUAGCCUUGCCUGAUGCUGGACGUCGAACAGAGGGGAAGACUGUUUGA